AAGAAAUGACGAACGAAAAGUUUUUGCGACAACACGACAUCGCAGUCGCGUAAAUUUUCAUCAUCGAAAUAAAAUUUCAGCUUUUGGAUCUCAAUUAUUGCUUUUAUGUUUAGUAGAAUCUCGUUACCUUUGUGAUUGAAAAAGUAUAUUUUAUAUAAAGUUAUAUAUGUCGUUAAGUAUAAAUGUGAUUCAAAAUUCAAAGCGCCCGAUCGGAGCUGUGAAUGAAAAUUAUGCUGCAAUGUAAUAGCGGCAGUGUAAUUGAGGUGAAGAAAAAUUUUCAUGGAUGAUUCAAAUAAUCUCAGCACCGUUCAAAAUGCAAUGACUUCGAAUAAUACAUCGUCGUCGAGCGGAACAAACAUCGUUGGAAGCAGCAGCAGCAACCCCAGUCAAAAUUCACCCUCCACUUCCGGUUUGGCAAUUGCACCAGUAUCAGCAGCAGCAGCACCUCCACAGGCACCACCACCGGUAGGGAAUCAAACCCUCAAUAGUAGUAAUAUCAGUACUAGCACUUCCGGCGGAGACAGUUCUUCCACAUCCUUUUCGUCUGUCGGAUCUUCGGCACCUCAGCUGCAACCGAGUGCUGCUUCCUCUCCGGUGGUCAUUGGUUUGGUUCUGGGGGAGGGAAGUGGCAGUCCAUCUUCGUUAAAUUUAAGUACAUCUCCCUGCUGCACCACCACUGCCAAUCUCGCCACACCUUCCCCGUCUUCGGUGCUCCGCAGCAGUUCGGCCACCUCGAAUAUCACUAUCAACUCUGGCGGCACUGAUAAGUCGGACGAUAAUCUCGACUCGUGCAGCAAGUCCAGUGAUAGUUGUAAUUUAGUCGCCGUCGGGGAAGCCACAAGCCAGCUAACCGGGGCCAGCUCUCAGAAAUCAUCAUCCGCCAAGUCGCAAAAGAAUCUCGCCGAACGGGCCAAGAAGACGCCCUGGUAUAAUGCUAUUUAUCCAUCGUACAAGGCGCGCACCGAAGAGUUCAAGAAGCUGUUCCGCGAAGUAGCGGCCGCAACCGGGGACGAUGAGCGCCUGAUUGUGGACUACAGCUGCGCUAUCCAGAAGGACAUCCUGGUGCACGGACGGCUGUACGUCAGCCAGAACUAUCUGUGCUUCCACGCCAACAUCAUCGUGUGGGAGACUCGGCUCUCGAUCCGCUGGAAGGACGUCACCUCGAUUACUAAGGAAAAGACAGCCCGGGUCAUCCCGAACGCCAUACUGGUCUGUACCGAGAAUGAGAAGCACUUUCUCACCUCGUUCACAUCGCGCGACAAGACGUAUCUGAUGCUCUUUCGAGUGUGGCAGAAUGCGUUGAUGGACAAACCAAUCAAUCCACAGGAACUUUGGCAGUGGGUACACACUUGUUAUGGCGACCAGCUGGGACUGACCAGCGACGACGAAGACUACAUCGAUCCGUACGAGAAGGACAACCGUGGCGAAGACGGUAGUAUUAAUAGCAGCAUUUUUAAGCAACAAUCUUCGGAGGACAUUCCAAACAGCAAGGAGCAUAACAACAAUACAUCGCAAUCGGACGAACCAACCGGACCAUCGAUCAUUCUGGGUGGAGAGGAAGGAACCAUGGUGUUCGCAGCAACAAAAGAGACGGGGACGAAGUCCUCGAAGAAGAGCGCGCUGGCUAAGGCCGCCUUCGUGGGAGCCGAGGGUAGCCUUUCAACUACCGGAGAACUUCUGCCGACGGACAUGUCCGACUCGACGGAAUCCGAACCGGAAGAGGAAUUUUUCGCCGGGGUAGAGUGCAAUUCGUUGCACUCGGGACGACAACUGGUGCACACCAUACUACCCAUCAACGUGGACAUCUUGUUUGAAUUACUGUUUUCAAAAUCUAAAUUUUUGACCGAGUUCCACAAUACUCGCAAAACGACCGACAUGAUCCAUGGCGAGUGGAAGCUGAACAAGGAUGGUUUAAAGGAGCGAGUAGUUAGUUUAACCAUUGCCAUCACUCAGACCAUUGGACCACGCAGUGCACAAGUAACGGAGACCCAGUUAAUGAGGGAUUGCAGCAAACCGGGCCAGCUGUACUCGAUCGAUGUGAAUGCGGUCCAAGGGGGGAUUCCGUAUGCGGAUAGUUUUUACGUUACCCAACACUAUUGUAUGUCCCGGACCAAGGAUGACCACACGGUCCUAUCGGUACACGCGCAAAUUCAUUACAAAAAGAAUAUUUUCGGAUUCGUUAGGGGUUUUAUCGAGAAAAAUACCUGGGUUGGGCUGGAAGAUUUCUACAAUGCCCUGUUGCGUAAUCUCCAAAGUGAAUACUGUAUUCCACCAGCUAAAGCCAAGAGUAGACGGUCUCGCAAAUCCAACGCUUCCCAGCAUGCGAAAGUUCUCGAAGAACCGAUCCCUCGCAGCAGCAUACCCUACAUUCACCCUACGGUCGCACCAGUCAAUUCCCCCAAACCCAACACAUAUUCGCACACCUUCUUCUCGUGGUUCGUGGUGAUCCUACUGAUAAUCCUGCUAUCCAUCAACGUGGCUCUCUAUCUCAAACUGCACACGUUGGAGGGAGAAAACGAGAACCUGUUCCGCGAUUCGGCGGCUGCGAAGGCGGCCUUCAACCAAAAAAUUCUACAGAAUCCCCCGCAAACGCAUGCCGACUGGUUAGCCCUACUCCAUCAGCAGGAGACCAAACACGCCCAGGAAAUGAUAAAGUGGCAGCAGAUCCUAGGGACCGUCACCGAUCUGCUGCGCAAGGUGAGCAGCAUUUGUGAGAAUAUUCCGAAAAACGUUACCUAUUACGAUGACACACAGCCACACGCCACUGUUAGCAAAACUGAUGAACUGUAGAGGGUAUAGAAAGGUACAAGGCAAACAUAUAGAGAGUAUAUAAUAAUAAUUAUAAACUGUAAAACAAAAAGAAAAUCCAAAAUUAUAUUAACUUAAAGUUAGAUUUGGCCUGGUUCACGCACUGCUGAAAUAUCAUUAGUAGUACAAUAACG